AUGCCUCUACCCCCAGCUCUUCUGUCUCGACUGGCGAAAAGAGGCAUCGUCAAACCUUCAGAGCAAGGGGGAGAUGAAGAAAUUAUUGCUGAGGAUUAUGAUGACAACAAUGUAGAUUAUGAAGCCACUAGAAUGGAAAAUUUACCCCCAAACUGGUACAAAGUGUUCGAUCCUGCUUGUGGUCUGCCAUAUUACUGGAAUGUAGAGAGUGACUUGGUUGCCUGGCUAUCUCCAAAUGACCCAACAGCAGUUAUAACUAAAUCAUUUAAAAAGCCAAAAGAGGUUGUAGAAGACAAAGCAGAGAAGACUGAGAGAACUGAGAAAGAACGGGAUCGUGAACGAGAGCGUGAGAGGGAGCGAGAAAGAGAACGAGAGAGGGACAGAGAGCGGGACCGGGACAGAGACCGAAGGAGGCACAGACGUGAAGACCCGGCCCCCUACAGCAAAAGCAAAAGAGGAAAAAAGGAAGAGGAGAUGGACCCAAUGGAUCCUAGUGCUUAUUCAGAUGCUCCAAGGGGUUCAUGGUCGACUGGACUUCCAAAGCGAAAUGAGGCAAAGACAGGGGCAGAUACUACAGCAGCCGGUCCAUUGUUUCAGCAGCGACCGUACCCCAGCCCUGGAGCAGUGCUUAGAGCUAACGCAGCUAAUCAAAUCCCUAAAGAGUGA